AUGUCAUUCGCGGACGCCAUCAGCACAUUGAACAAAUCCGACCUCUUCAUCCAGAACUCGGCCUUCAUUGAUGGAGAAUGGUUGAAAACGGACAAGACAUUUGAUGUCUAUGAACCCUCUACCGCGACAGUGCUCGGCACCGUCGCAAACUGCGACAUGAGCGCUAUGCAAACCGCCAUCCAGAGCGCGCACGACGCCCAGCCAACUUACUUCUCGGAGACAACUGCCGCAUCCCGCGGCUCACUCCUCACCAAAUGGCACGAUCUUGUCAUGUUCAAUAUAGAUGAUUUAUCAACCCUUCUCUGCCUCGAAAACGGCAAAGUCCUCGCCGAAGCACGCAACGAAAUCGUCUACGCCGCUAGCUUCAUCUCCUGGUUCGCAGCCGAAGCAACCCGCGCCUACGGCGACGUAAUCCCAUCAGCGACUCCAAACACUGUGGUCAUGACGCUCAAAGAACCAGUUGGUGUGUGCGGAAUCAUCACACCCUGGAAUUUCCCGGCCGCGAUGAUAACGCGGAAGAUUUCGCCUGCGUUGGCGGCGGGAUGUGCAGUCGUUAUCAAACCUCCGUCUGAAACACCCUUCACGGCAUUGGCGUUGAUUAAAUUGGCUGUUCAGGCUGGGUUCCCGGCCCGGGUGAUUCAGGUUGUCCCCACAAAAGACCGAAAUGUUGCUUCUGAGUUAGCGGUCAAUCCGUUAGUUAGGAAGCUUAGUUUCACGGGGUCAACGGGGGUUGGGAAGGCGUUGGCGAAAUUGGCUGCGGGGACUGUGAAGAAGGUAAGUCUUGAGUUAGGUGGAAAUGCUCCGUUUGUUGUGUUUGAGGACGCAGAUCUGGAUCUUGCUGUUGAGGGGGCUAUGCUGUCGAAGUUCCGUUGUUCGGGGCAGACUUGUGUGUGUACGAAUCGGUUUUAUGUGCAGGAGCGUGUUGUUGAAGAGUUUACGAGUAGACUCGUUAGACGGGUUGAGCAGCUGAGAUGUGGGCCUGGUCUUGCUAGGGAUUCAACGCAGGGCCCAUUGAUUAAUCGGUCUGCGGUGGAUAAGGUCAAGGAGCAUAUUGCGGAUGCUGUUAGCAAGGGUGCUGAGGUGCGGAUUGGGACUGCUGCUUUGGAAGGACUCGGUGAUGGGUUCUUUGUCCAGCCUACGGUGCUGACUGGGGCGACGAAGCAAAUGGCGGUUGCUACGGAUGAGACCUUUGGUCCUCUUGCGGCAAUCUUUACCUUUGGGAGUGAGGAAGAGGUGAUAGAGUUGGUGAACAACACCGAAUUUGGUCUCGCUGGUUACUUUUACUCGCGAGAUAUUGGGCGGGCGAUGCGCAUUGCACAGAAGAUACAGGUUGGUAUGUGUGGCGUGAAUACGGGCAAGGUGAGCGCUGUCGAGGCGCCAUUUGGAGGCAUCAAGGAGAGUGGUUAUGGGCUUGAAGGGAGCAAGUACGGCAUGGCCGAGUACCAGACCAUCAAAACUGUGACCAUUGGGAACAUAAACCACUAG